AUGCAUUUUAGAAAAGUCACCUCAUCUCGGGUGAAGCUGUACGUGGGCGGGUUGCGGCUGAAUCACACUGACAGUCAGCUGCGACAGCGCUCUGCCCAGUACGGUAGCGUCAUCAACUGCCAUAUUGUACAGGACUGGGAAACAAAAGAGUCGAGGGGUUUUGGCUUCGUGACCUUUCGAGAGGAGGCACAUGCCACUCGCGCACUGGCUGACUACCCUCACUUUAUCGAUGAUGAUCCUAUAACCGACAAGGAGAAGAAGAUGGCUGUCUCCUCUGCUGCCAAGAAAUCAAAGCCUUCCAGCGGCAACAAAACUGCUCACCGGUUGGUUGUUCACAACCUCACUCCUGCAAUAGGUAAGAAGACCAUCCGAAAGCUCGUUAGCCAAUUCGGUGCUCUCACGAAGGUAAAGAUUGAUAAAGCAGAGCACAAGGCUUUCGUUGAGUUCUCCACCCUGGAGGCCAUCCAAAUGGCAAUGGCUGCGGCUCCUCUACGCAUCAAGGAUGUGGAUCUUCGUGUCUCCUUGCCAGAUGAUCAAAACUGA